GCAACACCUACAACAAUGUCGGUUCAUCAACCACGAGUGCUUGGAAAAGGCUCCAGUAAGCCAGCCAGUACUGAUAAGUUACAUAGGGUGUAUUGUCAGCGAUUCUGCCCAUUCAGCGAGAGAGUUAAACUGGUCCUCACUUACAAGGAGAUACCGUAUGAAAUAGUGAACAUCAAUCUUAGAAGCAAACCAGAAUGGUAUUUGGAGAUAAACGAAAAAGGAACCGUGCCAACCUUGGAAAUUCCAGGUGGAAGGACACUGACCGACUCUGUCAUCAUUUGUGAAUACCUAGAGGAUGUGUUUCCCAGUCAGAAACCAUUGACACUCUCUGACCCUUAUGAGAGAGCCUGUGGGAAACUACUGAUGGAAGGAUUUGGAAAAGUUAUCGGUUCCUGGCACAAGGCUGCCUUUGACUCUGCAGGAAAAGAUACCCAGUCUGCCAGAGAUAUGUUUACAGCAUUAGAAAGAUAUGAACAGGCAAUCAAAGGACCAUUCAUGAUGGGUGACACUAUAUCUCUUGUGGAUCUGUACAUCUGGCCGUGGCUGGAGCGUGUGGGGAUGACAUCAGUGGUGACAGGGGUGGGGUACCCAGAGGACCAGCUACCAAAACUGAAGGCUUACAUGUCUCACAUGAUGAAGGUGCCUGCUGUGAAAGAAGUCACUUUGGACACUGACGUACAUGUAGCCUUUGCCAAAACUCAUUUCACGGGAAACCCAGAUUUUGAUAUCGGACUGUGAAGUUUGGAUAAAUGGGGUGAAAUCUGAGCAAGUGCUAUGGUAAAGAGAUCAAAUCAAAGUUAACUGGGAAGUUUUAUAUUGAGUAAUGACUGUCAUUGACAUUGUAGGUUGAUCUGAAGUUUAACAGGCAACAGUUUGCUGAAAUCGGUAUUCUGUGAUCAAAGAAAUAUUGCAAGAUGUUUUCAUCAGGACUCAAAAAAUUUUAUGAAAUCAGAAUGUCACAGAUAGUACAGUACAAUAAGUACAUGUAGUUAUAGUUCAUCUUCUACUGAACACGUCUAAGGACGAGAGGGAGAAAAAAGUAUUUUUUCUAUGUUAGAAAAUUUAUUAUAAGCAUUUUGAUAAUAGUCAUUUAUUUACAUUGCAUAUUUACAUUGUAAUAAUUUACAACAUUAACAAAUACUUGGCAUUAUUUACAGUUUACAUUUACAUGAUGUGUAUUCAGAGGUGCUUUUGGGAAUGUGAUGUCUUCAAUGCAAAGAAAUCAUUCACAUCAUUCUUAUAUUUUGUCACUUCAUGUCAAAAAUACCUACUGCCUUAUCAAGUUCAAAGUCUCACAAAAUAA